AUGAGGCUCUAUUCAGCUGGUUUUAGUCCACAAACCCAGGACGGGGAGAAGAGGGUGCUGAAUUCUGAACUGUGGCAUGCAUGUGCGGGUCCUCUUGUUUCUCUACCUGCUGUUGGAAGCCGCGUUGUUUAUUUUCCACAAGGUCACAGUGAGCAGGUUGCUGCAUCAACGAACAAGGAAGUGGAUGUCCACAUUCCAAACUACCCAAACUUGCCUCCACAACUUAUCUGUCAGCUUCACAAUGUGACUAUGCAUGCAGAUGUCGAGACGGAUGAAGUUUAUGCACAAAUGACCUUACAACCACUAAGUCCACAAGAGCAAAAGGAUGCCUACCUUCCAGCAGAUUUGGGCACCUCUAGCAAACAGCCAACCAAUUAUUUCUGUAAGACUUUGACUGCUAGUGACACAAGUACUCAUGGAGGAUUCUCUGUCCCUAGGCGGGCAGCUGAGAAAGUGUUCCCUCCGUUGGAUUUUUCUCAGCAACCUCCAGCUCAAGAGUUGAUUGCAAGGGAUCUGCAUGAUAAUGAAUGGAAAUUCAGACACAUCUUUCGUGGCCAGCCGAAAAGACACCUUCUAACUACAGGGUGGAGUGUGUUUGUCAGUGCUAAAAGACUUGUUGCUGGGGAUUCGGUGCUUUUUAUCUGGAAUGAAAAGAAUCAGCUACUACUUGGCAUUAGGCGUGCUACUCGACCUCAAACUGUGAUGCCUUCAUCAGUCUUAUCAAGUGAUAGCAUGCACUUGGGUCUUCUUGCUGCUGCAGCUCAUGCAGCAGCAACAAAUAGCCGUUUUACCAUAUUUUACAAUCCAAGGGCUAGUCCAUCAGAAUUCGUCAUACUGUUGGCCAAAUAUCUUAAAGCUGUUUAUUAUACCCGAGUGUCUGUUGGCAUGCGCUUUAGGAUGCUGUUUGAAACAGAAGAAUCAAGUGUCCGUCGCUACAUGGGUACAAUAACUGGCAUAAGUGACUUAGAUGUUGCUAGGUGGCCAAAUUCACAUUGGCGCUCUGUCAAGGUUGGCUGGGAUGAGUCUACUGCUGGCGACAGGCAGCCAAGAGUUUCUCUAUGGGAGAUUGAACCACUAACAACUUUCCCAAUGUAUCCAUCUCCAUUUCCCCUAAGACUCAAGCGGCCUUGGCCACUAGGGCUACCCUCUUUCCAUGGCAUCAAGGAUGAUGAUCUGGGAAUGAACUCUUCCCUUAUGUGGCUAGGAGGAGAUGCAGACCGUGGAAUUCAAUCUCUGAACUUUCAGGGAGUUGGAGUUGCGCCAUGGAUGCAGUCAACUGUUGAUGCUUCCAUGUUAGGUUUGCAAAAUGAUGUCUACCAAACUAUGGCUGCUGCUACAUUUCAGGAGAUGAGAGCUCUAGAUCCUUCCAAAUCAUCAGCUGCAUCCCUUUUGCAAUUCCAGCAACACCAGAAUCUCCCAACCAGGAGUGCUGCAUUAAUUCAGCCACAUAUGUUGCAGCAGUCUCCUUCUCAACAGGCCUUCCUUCAAGGUGUUCAAGAGAAUAAACAUCAUUCUCAGCCUCAGUCUGAUACUCCAUCUCAGUCUCACUGUAUUCAGCAACAACUGCAGCAUCAGCAUUCGCUUGACAGUCAGCCACUUCUGCAACAACAGCAACUGGCUGACCAACAGAUCCCAAACGUCGUCUCUGCAAUAUCUCAAUAUGCUUCAGUUUCUCAACCCCUGACAUCACCAUUGCAAGCAAUUUCACUGUGCCAGGAGCACAGUUUUUCUGACUCAAAUGGGAACCACGUGGCAAGCCCUGUUGUUUCUCCCUUGCAAAGUCUUAUGGGCUCAUUCCCACCGAAUGAAUCAUCUCAUUUGCUUAAUUUGCCUAGAACAAAUCCCUUGAUAACUUCUUCUGGCUGGCCCUCAAAGCGAGCUGCUGUUGAAUCUCUUAUUUCCUCUAGAGCUCCUCACUGCAUGAUGACCCAAGUGGAGCUGCUGGGGCCACCUCACACAAGCAUCUCUCCUAGUUCUGUUUCUUUGCCACCUUUUCCUGGCAAAGAAUGUUCAAUAGACCUGGAUGGUGGCACUGAUCCACAAAGCCAUCUUCUAUUUGGUGUCAAUAUAGAGCCCUCACCUGUUCUACUGCAGAAUGGAAUGUCAAGCCUCAGGGGAGUUGGAAGUGAUAGUGAUUCCAUAGCUAUACCUUUUUCUUCUAAUUACAUGAGUACUGCAGGCACCGAUUUCCCUCUUAAUCCAGCAUUGACACCUUCAAGUUGCAUUGAUGAAUCAGGUUUCCUGCCAUCCACAGAAAAUGUGAGCCAAGGAAAUCCACCAACCAGAACCUUUGUUAAGGUUUACAAGUCAGGGUCCUUUGGUAGGUCACUGGAUAUCACCAAAUUCAGCAGCUACAACGAGUUGCGCAGUGCGCUUUCUCACAUGCCAACUGGAGGACCCCUGAGAUCAGGCUGGCAGCUUGUAUUUGUCGACCGGGAGAAUGAUGUUCUUCUCCUUGGUGAUGGCCCAUGGCCGGAAUUUGUAAACAGUGUGUGGUGCAUCAAAAUACUCUCAUCACAAGAAAUGCAGCAAAUGGGCAAACAAGGUUUAGAGCUUCUGAACUCUGUCCCAAUUCAGAGGCUUUCCAAUGGCAGCUGUGAUGACUAUGCAAACCGGCAGGAUUCAAAAAAUUUGAGCACUGGUAUAACUUCUGUGGGGUCUUUGGACUACUGA